UAUCGCAAUAUACAGAUGGAACAAAGUUCGCUUUACACAGAACUACUCUUGUCAUGACGACUCAUCUAGUUGCCAUUGCAAAAGCCACUUUCUCAGCUGGGCUUUUGCGACCAGAUCCCACCUCCAUCCACCGCGAUGAGAUCGCCUUUUUCCAAGAAUCACUCGACCGCGUAGUGACGCACUGCUCUUCAGGAAACAUCCAGACUUGCACAUCGUGGCUUCUGAAAAAUGUGAUCCCUUCGUCAACAAGGAUUGGGGCUCUAGGCAAAUACCUUGUUACUCUAUCUGGAUCCUUCGAACAUGGCGAUAAAUCACUGGCUGCUGGACAGGGAGCGACUGAGCGCCCAAAGAAUUCUUCAAAACGGAAACGAUUGCAUAUCUUAUAUUUGCUAAAUGACCUGUUGCAUCACACAAAAUACCAUGAACAGACAACGUCCGCCUUUUCAAACCUCAGUGGUUCCCUUCAGCCUUUUUUAGUUGAUCUUAUUAGCCUGGCAGCAAGCUUUGGACAUGAGAACAAUCCAAAACACCACAAACGAUUGAGCGAUCUGCUGGAUAUAUGGGCUAGUAACAGUUACUACAGCGGCGAUUAUAUAAACAAACUCCGUGAAACGGUGGAUAAUUCCUCUUCUCCUGACUUGCUGAAUGCAAAAUCUGCUUCCAAUGGCCUCGAUUUAGAUACACCGAACAAGACCUCUCCAAGGGACGCUCCCUACGUAAUGCCAGCGACACAUGGAGACCCGUCCGCGCCAUAUCAUGAACUCCCAGCGGGGAACCUAAUGCCACAUAUAAUUCCCAACUCAACAGUUCCAAUCCGACCACAAGCAGUAAAGCCUCUUCAGUUUCUUGCAGGACCUGCAGAUGAGUCUCUAGCCACCGCAGUGAAAAACUUUCUAAAUGACGUGGACAAAAUAUAUAACCCAAAUGGGGAUUCGUUGGAUGGGAGAAUUGAUGUAGAGAUUGAUGAACUUGGCCAAGCAGUUUUCCGCGACCCAUCAACGGGAGAAGUUGUCGACGGAGAAACAUACUAUGGUUGGUCACGUUCAUUCUGCGAGAAUAUGAAGAAAAGGAGAGAUGGUACCCUUGGCCGUCGGAGCCCAAGUCAAAGUCUCAGCCCAAACCGGAGCUAUAGCGCAAAAAGACGGCGACGAUAUAGCGAUAACAUCACUGGUGAUGACAGGGGACGCUCUAGAUCGCCGAGUUCAUCCAUAUCUGACAGCCGCAGUCGAAGCGCCUCGUACUCGCGCUCCCUAUCCCGCUCCCGUUCCCGCACGACGCUGCACCGCUCAGGACGCCCAAGAUCACGGUCAAGAUCGAAAUCUUACUCUCCUCGGCCAUUAUCACCACCUCGCAUUCCUCCGAAGCACCAGAAUGCGCUUUUCCCUCCCCCAGGAACAACUCCACAUAUCCCCCUUCCACAAAUGCCGUACCCCUUCCGUGGCUCGCAACAAUUACCACCUCCCCACCCUCCACCGGUACCCGGUCCUGGUGGCUAUCAUGGAGCCUGGCCGCCGCCGCCACCACCUCUUCCUUCUCAACAUUCGAGCACGACGCCACCAUUCCCACCACCUCCACCCCCAUUGCCUAUGACCAUGAGCUACCCAGGCUUCCAACCUCCUGCUGGUGCCGUUGCGCCACAAUACCCUCCUAAUCUGCAUCCACCCCACCUGCCACACCCUGGAUCUUACCACUCCCCGGUCCCCCAUACGACCCAGGGACCGGGGCCUGGCCACCAGCCUUAUCCUGGUGGAGAUGCGAAUGAGUCUGGGGAAAGUGGGAGUCGGGGAAACGAUGCGAGUGGAAGAAAAGGCUGGGGGAUGGGAGGUUGGUAUUGAUUUGGUUAUUUAACUUUUCUACGUAACGCUGGAUGGUCCGCGUGAUUCCUAGGACGUCGGGAAAUAGGGUUGACGUUAUAUUCUAUUAGAUAUUGGCUCGUGGGUUGGGAUUUAUUGCUUACAAUGGCUUUGCAAGAUGGCAUGAUGAAUCAGGUCCAGAUCGCCAUUUGCAUAAGCCAUGGAUCCAACAUUUCUAGGAGAGGAGGGUCUGCAUUGAGGGUGCACCCGAUGAAGAACGUGAAAAAAAAAAAUCAGCUCAUUAUCCUCUCAUGCUGUCAAACCAACGCCAUUCUCUGUGCCGCAGCCCGAACUCAACGAAUCAUGAUCCUGUAGAUGGAACCAACCAAUGCCAAUGCUUCCCCAUGCAGGGCAGAGCCAAGUUAAACACCAGCCAACUUUUGGGAACUGUCUAUCAAAACAUCCCGUGUAACAAUGAGAAAAAUUCUGGGUUACUACUCUCUAUUCCUGUGUAGAUGCUCAAAAAGUAGAUUCUCAUUGGCUCUGAAUUCUCGAAGUAUGGUAUUUCGCCAUUCUCAACAUGCUUAAUCCGAAAAGUUUGGCUUUUGAAAA